AUGUCGAACUCCCAGGCGAUCACGAAGAUUGAGGUCCCGGGUCUGAAGAAGAUUGCGAGUGGGAAGGUUAGGGAGAUUUUUGAGGUUGAUGAGGAGACGUUACUGUUCGUGGCGACGGAUCGUAUUUCGGCGUAUGAUGUGAUUUUGGAGAAUGGCGUCCCCUCCAAAGGCCCCAUCCUAACCACCAUCUCCAACUUCUGGUUCAACCUGAUCCACUCCAAGAUCCCCGGAAUCAAGACGCAUCUCAUUUCUACCCAGCUUCCUUCCUCCAUUCCCGAUGAUGUCAAGAACCAACUCGAAGGCCGCAGCAUGGUGGUUCGCCGCACCCCCGUCGUCCCACUGGAGAGUAUCGUGCGAGGCUACAUUACAGGAUCUGCAUGGAGCGAGUACAAAUCCAAGGGAACUGUGCAUGGAAUGAAGAUGCCCGAGGGCAUGAAGGAGAGUGAGAAGUUCCCGAAAGCGGUGUGGACGCCGAGUACGAAGGCAGAGCAGGGCGAGCACGACGAGAACAUCUCCAAAGACCGCGCAAUCCAGAUCGUAGGCGAGGACGUGGCGAAGCGGAUCGAGGAGGCGAGUCUCGAGAUUUACGAGCUGGCACACGCCUACGCCCUCUCGCGCGGCAUCAUCAUCGCAGACACGAAAUUCGAAUUCGGCCUCGAUCCAGUCACCAACGAGCUCAUCCUCAUCGACGAAGUUCUCACACCAGACAGCUCGCGGUGCUGGCCGAAGGAGCAGUACGAAGUCGGCAAGGCGCAGAGUAGUUACGACAAGCAGUACUUGCGCGACUGGUUGACGAGGGAGGGGUUGAAGGGGAAGGAGGGGGUUGCGAUGCCUGAGGCGGUGGUGAGGGAGACGGAGAGGAAGUAUCGUGAGGCGAUGGAGAUGUUGAUGAAGUGA